GCUAUAAAAAAAUCAAGCUAAUCCAGAAAGAUAUAUACACAUUGAUUAUUUUCACGUGUUGUGUGAAAAAUUCUGUCUUGAGGUCUUCUAACUAAACCAAACGUGAAAAUGCCGAACAAGAAAUUUCUAAAUAAGAAAAGUAAAAGAGUGUCUGCUGCAAAGAGAUACAAGGUUGAGAAAAUGGUUCGACAGCAUAAUAAAAAGGUCAAGAAAGAAGCAAAAAAGAACCCUAACAAAUUUGUCAAGAAAAGAAAAGACCCAGGUAUUCCAAACAGUUUGCCAUUCAAAGAAACCAUUUUACGAGAAGCUGAAGAACGUAAAAGAAAGAUAGAAGAGGAACGAGAAAAGCAAAAACAAAGGAGAAAGAGGGAAAGAGAAAAGCUUCAAAAUAAAAAACGGAAUUUAGAGUCCCUGGUAAAGGAUGUUGAAAAGAAGACGCAUGCAUUUGAAAAGAAGAAGAAUGUUGGUGGAUCUUCUGUCCAACAAUUUUCAGGAGGCAAAGCUGUGGAAACCUCUUUGAAAGCCUACUAUAAAGAGUUCAAAAAGGUUGUAGAUGCUGCUGACGUCAUUCUUGAAUUAUUAGAUGCUCGGGACCCUCUCGGCAGUCGAUGUUCACAAAUGGAGGAUGCUAUUAUCAGCAGUGGAACCAACAAAAAACUGGUUCUUGUACUAAAUAAAAUAGAUUUAAUUCCAAAGGAAAAUGUAGAAGAUUGGUUGAAGUAUCUGAGGAAUGAGUUUCCGACCGUGGCUUUUAAGGCUUCCACUCAGACACAGAAUGAUAACCUGAGUCAAACCAAGGUUUCGCUGAAGCAUGCUAGUGAAGACCUGCUGAAGUCUAGUCACUGUAUUGGGGCUGAUCUUCUGAUGAAAUUACUGGGGAGUUACUGCAGAAACCAGAACAUUAAAACAGCCAUUCGGGUUGGAGUAGUAGGAUUGCCUAAUACAGGAAAAAGUAGCUUAAUCAACAGUCUUAAAAGGUCAAGGACAUGUAAUGUGGGAGCAAUGCCAGGUGUCACCAAAUCCAUGCAGGAGGUUCACCUAGAUAAACACAUCAAACUGCUGGACAGUCCUGGAGUGGUCAUGACAGCAAGUUCAUCAGACACGUCAGUCAUUCUGAGAAACUGUGUCAAGCUCGAAAGUUUAGAAGAUCCCAUUGAGCCAGUGGAAGCCAUUUUAAAGCGUUGCUCUAAAGAACAGCUGAUGCUCCAUUUUAAAGUACCAGACUUCAAGGACACCAGUGAGUUUCUGUCUCUCUUGGCCAGACGCCAAGGGAAACUCCGUAAAGGUGGAAUUCCUGACAUCAACAAGGCGGCCAGAAUGGUGCUUCAAGAUUGGACAUGUGGAAAGAUAACGUACUACACACAUCCUCCAGAAAAACAGUCCACCCACGUCAGUGCCGCCAUUGUUCAGGAAAUGAGUAAAGAAUUCAAUAUUGAUGACAUUCUACAGGAGGAGCAGACUAUAUUGGAAGGUUUGAAUCCCAAGAUGUCCAAUCAUAUUUUGGUUGACUCUCUUGGUCCUGCCAAGAUGGCGAUGUCUGAGGAAGAAAUUAGAGAAAAUGAGGAUGAAGACAUGGAUGAAGAGGAAGAUAGUGAGGAGGAAGAUGAAGAACUUAUGGAAGAUGACACUGAAGAGUUGAAGGCAACUUCUGUGCCUCUGAGGUCAAGAAAAGCUUCCUCAAGGACAUCAUCUGUUAGCUCUGAAACAGCACAAAAACAGACAACCACAAGGCAGAAAGUUGGACUCAAGCAGUUAAACAAGGAAAGGAAAAAAGACUUCAAGAAGAUGAAAAAACAACGGAAAAGAACAGAUAAAGUUGCUGGAGAAUUAUCAGAAGCAUUAACAUCGGCCCUCAGUGCACAGAAUGAUGAAAAUUAUGAUUUUAAUGUUAUGAAAUUGUAAAUAAAUUGUUGAUGUACUGAUAAA